AUGGUGUUUGACCCAAAACGCGCCAGAAAGGCGUCAUGCCGUGUGUGGCUAGCUCUAGCUGCACUGGGCACUGUCUUGGGGUGCACAAGGGGGGGAUCGCGAUUAGAGGAACCAGGUUCUUCGUCGGAUGCGAGUUUUGCAGACCUGGGUCAACCAGAGGGAGCUGACCUCGCGCUGGUUCAUGGCAUAGAGCCAGGGGACUCCAUUGUCAAGCACCUUUUGACACUGGUAUCGAAGCAAAUCCACCCAGUCGAUCGCCAGGCGGGGGCAUUCAGGACACUGGACAAAGGGCUCUCCGCUACGUUCUGGCCACAGGACGUGACCGUGGAAGUGGUCUCGGUGCGGACGGGAGCGCCACGGCGGCUCCGAAGGGGGCCCGUCUUCGGCAGGGGCGACUUCGGGAUGGUGUUCACGGCUUCCGACGUGGACACCGGAGCAGAGUUCGCCGCAAAAGUUCCUAUUGCUCUCCGCGAGCCUUUCAAGAUGUCACAAGAGGAUGUGAUGGCAGAGGGUCGUUUAACUGAUGCGUUCGCCACGGUCAAAGACCCAAGGGAAGCUCAAGCCGUUCUUCGAUUCUUGGUCCCCACCGACAUGGUGCAGUUUCCAAACAAGGAGACCUUCGCUGUCGCUAUCCCUGGCUCGCGAACGUUGAUCGGAAAUGUUUUCUUCUUGAUGCCGAAGGCCUAUACAGACCUUCAAGAUGUUAUCAACGCAAUGUGUGAUCCUGCCGUACGGGACAGCGACAUCGUGUACCAUGCCCGCCUACAGCUAUCCUAUGAUCUAAUACGGCUGGUGGCCAAUCUCCAACGCCAAGGAGUCGUGCAUGGUGACUUCAGAGAGGCUAAUCUUCUGGUGAUGAAAGACGGGCGUCUGUUUCUGGCUGAUUUUGGCUCAAUGCGCAAGGAAGGGCAAAAAACCCAUCGCGGAGACUCGCUAACCGCACACAUCAAAGAUGAGGUUAUGGAACUCGGAUCGGUGUUAACGAAUCUAUGGGGCAUAGAGUUGGGCUACUUCCUAGCACUCGAGCACAGUCCAAACAAACCGAUGGAAACAUGCGGCCCGCCGCCUCCCCAGUACAUGGUACGCCUGAUAAAAGAAUUUCACAGUAGUUGGCCCGCCAAGCCGCUGCUUCCAGUGGAAGCGCUGGAGACUCCUGGAGCGAAGCAACUCGUAGAAGAGAUAAACAGCUUCCUGCCACUCUAUAAAGAGGAGACGAGAACGUGA